GCGCGCGGGUUGCCAUAGCGACGGGGACGCCGCUCGGCCGGGCCGGGCUGUGCGGCGCCGGGAGGAGAGCGGGCACCGGGGCCAGGAGAGGCAAAACCGCCGCUCCGACGUCGAGCCGGGAAAGCUUUAAACAAUGAGUCAGGCUGAUGAAGAAAGUGCCACUGACACAGAGCUGGCAACUGAGAAUGAGUCACCUACCUCUGCACUGAUUGCAGCAGCUCCUAGCCAGGAGGAGGGACCCACUGACCUGACAGCAAGUCCUGCAUUUCAGUGUUUAGAUGAGCUAUUUUCUGCUGGAAAAAUCACAGACACCAGAGUAGCUGAGCUGAAGGAACAGUACACCCUGCUGCAUGAGGCUGUGAUAAGUUUACAGGAAUCUGAGACCCAGCUGUUGCAGGAAGCUGAACGCCUGAGUGCAGAACUGGAACAGCAAUGUGAACUGGAAAAAGCAGAACAGCUCCCUGAAGAAGCUCCCAGUGAAGCUUUCCAAAUAAGGCAGCAGCUUUUCAGCUGCCGAAGUGAAUACAGUGCUACUAAAGGAAGAGUGUAUGAAAAUCGCUUGAAGAUAGAGUGUUUGCGAGAAGAAAAAAAGCUUCUGGAAAAUGAAUAUGAAAGAAUGUCAAAAGAAAAGAAAGAUGAUAAACUUCAACAGUUGAAAGAAAAUUGUGAUGAGCUCAGCAAAGAAGUAAUCCAGAGGAAAGCAGAAAUUGAUUCAAUAAAAGAAGCUGUUUCAUCCAAAGAAAAGAUGAUAUUAACAGAUGAGGAAGAAAUGAAAAGACUCCAGGAGAUGCAGACUUAUCUAAAAGCUGAGCUAGUUAGGCUCCUUGGUGUUCCAAAGCAACUUGCAAAAGAAACUGAGAAGUUGAAUCAGAAAAAAAUUGAUGCAGAGAAGAAGAAUGAAGCCCUUAAUGACCAAAUAGAAGAAUUGAAUAGAACACUGAAAGCCACUGAAAAAAGGACUGCAGAGAUUUUGCAAGAAAAAAAAGAUGUAAUGAAGGAAAUGGAUGAGAGACAAACUUUGAUGCAAAAGAAUGAACGAGAAUGCAUUAAUUUGACAAAAUUACUAGAAAUUAAUGCAGAGAAGGAAUUAGCCAUCCUAUCAGACAGACAAAUUCUGGAAAAUAAUUUAAAUAAAUGUGUCUUGGAGCACAAAAAUCAGCAAGAUAUUCUCAGUCACCAUCAAACACAGAAAGAUAAGGAACUGAAAAGUUUAAAAAAGAUAGAGUUACAGCUGAAAGAGAUGUGGGAUUGCUUGGAAGGAGAUAAGGCAAAGCAUAAAAGACUCAAAUCAGAGGCAGAAAUUAACUCAAAAAACAAUGCAGUAUUAUUAGAAAGACGACAAGAACUGCAGGACGAGAUUGAAACGCUCAAGAGAGAUUUAGCUGAACAGGAAAUGAUAUCAGAUAUGGAUGCCCGCAUGUUAGAAGAAUGCAUUGCUGCAGAACAAUUGCUUUUCAAAGAGCAGGAAAAAAGCAGAAAUGAAUUAUCCACACUUACACGUCUGACUUGGCUCAGAGCUGAUGAGAAGCAACUGAAAUGCAGGGAUGUUCAGAAAACCAAGAUUCAACUCCAAAGUCUUGUUAAAGAACUAAAAAGACUGGAUCGUGAACUAGUCAUCUGUAAAAAGAUGCAAAGAGAAAACCAAAAAGAACUCCAAGGAUUUAUUAGGAUGUAUGAUCUUAUACUAAUUGAAAAGGAUAAAUGUAUAGAUUUGAUGCGUAUUGCUCAGUGCAAAGCAAAAGAAGUUGAAAACAGGGUAAAACUGCUGGAAAAUAAUAUAGAAAAUUUAAGAGAUGCUGUUAUGACCAGAGAAAGAAAAUUGCAGGAGGACUAUCUGAAGAUUAAAAAGAAUGAGAGAAUGAAAGAGUUGAUCCAAAAGGAUUAUGAGAAAGUUGAACAAGAGAUGCUAGAGAAUAAAGAAAAGGAAAAGUAUUUGCAUGUUGACAGACUUACCGCUGCAGCCAGAUGCAUUGAAGAGGAAAUUUCACAGCUACGCAAAAAUUAUGAAAGGGCUAUUGAGCAACGAAAUGAGAGUGAUCUUUUGCUCAGAGAACGAGAAGAAGAACUAGGCUUUUUGUAUAAAAAAAUAAACAGGCAAGAGGCGUUGUGUAGCAAUGGAGAUACUAAGAUGCAAGUUAUGGAUGAAAAGAUCAGCUUUCUGAAGCUGAAGUUAGUUGAGAAAAAAAGAGAGGUUAAAUUGUGUUUUAAAGAGCUUACAGUGAAGAAUGCCCUGGAUGCACAUCUGGCGAAACUUCGGAUACAGUAUUCCCAGUGUAGGGACAAGAUUAAAAGGCUGGAGGAAAACUAUGGUGAUGCCACAAAUGAGAGCAGAAAGCAAGAAAUGGGAGGAAAGGACCCAUCUCCAGCCGAGCUGCUAAAAAGGAUUGAAAAGAUAGAGGCAGAGCUGGUGCAGAAGGAGCAGAGGCUGCUGAAGAUAGAUUUCCUCUGCGAGAACGUUUCCGACCUGACGGACAGAAUGCGCGCUGUGGUGGAGAGCGGCAAGCAGGACAUGCUGCUGUUCGCCAGGAGGACCAACGAUCUGCAGAGGAAGAUAAAUCACAAAACCCAGGAGAUAAGGGCUCUUUUUGCAGAGUUAUCCAUGAAGCAAGCACUUGCCAUUAAACUCCGGCAGGAAAUCAGAGACAAAGAACAAUUUAUUAUGACUGCUUCAUUGAUGAUAAGUCAAGGCCUUCCCCCUCCUAAAGCAGAAAAGGACCAGUGGGAGAUCCUAGACAAUGAGAAGAUACAAAAAGCAGCAGCUGAAGCCAGAGCUAAAGAGCCUGCAGAGGAGACACAAGCUGCACUGCCCAGUCACGACCCCACUAUCCCCAAAGAGGAGGAGGAGGAGGAGGAGGAGGAGGAGGAGGAGGAGGAGGAGGAGGAGGGACUCCCACUGCUGCAGCCUCACGUGGCUCCCUCCAGACCAAGUGAGCCCCAUCCAAGUCCAAGACAUUUCAAAAAGCCUCCUGACAAGCCAUCUGAAAUCUGAACAGACAGCACCCGAAGCAGGAGAGACCAUUACCAGCUGCUGGAUCACAAGAGUCAGCAGCGUUUGCACUGCACUGAAGGAAGAUCUGUUGGUGUUCAGCCAAAUUUCAUGCAAAAAUGAAGUAUUUGUUCAUGCCAAAAGCACAGCUAACUGGUCAGAGACCCAGAAUCCUUUCUCCUGGUAUCCCAAAUAGAGUGCAGCAUUUCCAAGUGCCAAAAAAAGUGAGUCAUCCUCAUGCUGUAUUUACUUUUUUUUCCAGGUGAAGUUUUAUUGUAUCUGAAGGUAUGUUAAAAUACAUUCAUUAAAAAGAAAAGGCUAGAAAAUCUUCUCCUAUUAUUAUAUAAUACAAAGUGGCCAUCACUUAUAGCCACACACCAACAUGGCUUUCUGCAGUCUGGGACUGGAAGUUACACUUGCCAGAGAAAUUCUAAUUAUAUUAAGAAAAAUAUUUCUUCUCACUAUGCAGUCACUAAGAAAGCUAAAGCUUCACUGCUGGCAGUGACAAAGGAGUGACCAUGAACUUGCCAAGUCACUCCCAGGAACUGGAUCUUUUUAUUGCACUGGUAAGGAACAGGGAGCAUCAAAGCAGCCCACUCAGAGAGAAUAUCAGAGGUUGUUUCAAAAACCUCCCAAAUAUAUCAAUUAUUAAUGAGUUUCUCUAGUUUAAUAGUCUGGAAUUUUGUAAAGUUUUUAAAAAUCCAAUAAAGGCUGCAGAAAUCCUGCAUGGCACAACUUGGCAAUUUUCUCUGUGUAGCAAAUUGCUAUUACUAUUUGAAAUUAAUGUUACAGUUCAGAACUUAAAACAAAAGAGCAAACAAUAUUGGUUCAGUUACAUACAAACAGAAGGUGAAAACAAAGGAAAAACAGCCUGCUUAAUUUAUUUCUGAAGCUGAAGUUUGAACUGUAACACUAGAAGUUGUAAGAAAGGAUUAUGUAAAACUCUGUCCAUGCCACUGUUAAGAUCAAUUUCUAAAGCUUUUUUCUUAUCCUAUAUUACUUACAAUAUAUUAUACAUAUCUUCAAAAAACAACAAAAAAACCUCAAACAAACCCCCAACAAAAUCUGUCACAUGCACUUUAAGGAGAUUAUAUUUUGUGCUAAUUACAAAACUGAAAAUAUUAAAAUGCAGCUCCAGAAGCAGAAGUACCAUAAGAUAACUGAUACCACCAGAAGGAAUGACUGUCUCUUUACUCAUGCAUGACAUAAAAAGUCAUCUGUUAUUCUUACCUGCUUUACACAAUCACACCAAGAAAUCCUUUUAUUAAUUCAAGUAAACAGUUACUAGUUCUUGUAACCCUGCAACUGGGCUGCCUUUUCCAGCAUUGUCUUGUUAAAAUAAGUGACAUUUAUACCAAUUUUCACAGCAUGUUUUGACACUGUUGUUCCACUUCCUUGACCACUUCAAAAUGAACCCACGGAUAUAUUUCAAACCUAGGGUUAUGUCAAAUGCAUUUCUCUAGGAUUUAUCUAGAAGUCAAUUAUUUCACCCUCAGUUUGUUGGACCAAACACUGUUUUAGUAGCUCAUGUCAGUACUGGUGACUACCCAAAACUGCAGGUUAUUUGGGAAACAACAUUGCAUUUAAAUAAAUACUUUUACAGAGGCA